UCUUGUGUAAAAACGAAAAUUUCAAAAUGUCAUUUAAAAAAUAAACAAUACAUAAAAUAACUACAAAACAAAAAGCAAACAAUUAUGGGCGCUGGAAACUCAACACCACAAACGACACGCAUUGAGAAUCCGAAAAGAGGUAUACCCAUCGAAGUCACACCAUCGGUGGUGACGAGAUUGGAAAAUGCCCAAAAACUGCAAGGCAGCGAAAAGAACCUUAGAAAUCAGCAAGCUAAAGAGGAUGCCGAAACAACAUCAGAUCACAAACAUCAAUCAAUACCGGCAGGAAAACCAAAAGUCUACCCAGAUUCCAACAAAACGCAAGGAAACCCCAACUUUUGGUCCGACGACAGUCAAGGUGACGUUUAUCGCAAAAAAUACAAUGAACAUGAGGAAUAUCAAUUUGAUAAAACCUUCGAAAAACUCGAAAAUAUACUCGGGAAACCGAUUGAAUGGAAAGAAGAUAUUGAAGGUGAAAUAUUACAUCUACGCAAAGAUCUCAUCAAAUGUUAUAGUGAUAAUCCGGGCCGAACUUUGCAUUGUUCGGAAGUGGCUAAAAAAUAUCAAGAUUUUGUAUUUGAUCAACAAUACAAGAGCAUCGUGAAAUUGACAAAUGCCAAUGAGGAAUCGGCAGCAACGCCAACUGAAUCACCAUCUCAACCCUAUCAACAUUCACCGCCAUACCAUUAGCUCAAUAUUUAAAGCUGUUCUAAUGUUAAUAAAAUUAUAACUCGUUUUUUAUUGAUGAACAUUUAAA